GUGAUGAUGAGUAGAGUGAAGAUGAUAAUUAAGUUUAAAAUUUAACUUCAAAUUUAAAAUUCUAUUAUUUAAAUUUAAAAAUAUUUUAUUUAAAUAAAUCUGUUUUACCGCCAGAGUAAUAUUGAAUUAAUUUGAAAAGAAACCACAAACAAUAAUAUGGCUGUCAUGGAAGCACAUGAUGCGGGCGAUGUAAUCGGUGAUAAAAUGACUCGUUUAAAAGUAUGCAAGUAUAAUAGUGAUAAUUGAUAAUAAUAAUAAAUUUUGUGUUAUGGAAAAUGAUAAGAAUGUUAAAAUUAGUCAUAAGGAAUGGAGAAAAGUGGCUAAAAAAUUACGACGUAAACGGUUGAGACGUAAAGCCGCUCAGCUGAGAGAUUUUGAUGACGAACAACUGAGGGCGGCGUUGGAAAGAAGCGCGGAAUAUUUGAAUUGGGUUCAGGAGCAGAAUAAAUUACGCGAGGAAAAUGAGAGAAGGGAGAAAGAGGAAUUGGAAGAACAGGAAAAACAAUGGCUGGAAAAUGAGGUUAAGGCGCAAAAAGAAUGGCAAGAACUACAAGAGCGUAAAGCUAAAGCACGUGCUGAAAAAUUUAAACAAGAAGAAAUAAUACGAAAUGAAUUUGAAGAAAAACAGGAAGCGGCGAAGAAGAAACGGGAGGAAAUAAAACGUCUGCAGCAGGAACAUCUUGAACGGCAAGUAGAAUUUGAAAGAGAAAUAAAUGAUUAUAUUGAUAACGGAGCUAAAACUCCAGAGUCUCUGAGGUUAAUUAGUGAAACUCAUCCUACAAAAGACCCCUGUGUGUUCUUUAGUAAGACGGGGGCAUGUAAAUAUGGAGACGGUUGCUCUAGGAAUCACCAGAGAAAAGCGCUUACGAAAGUUAUCCUUAUUCCGGGUUUCUAUUCUCAUUUUUCGUUGGAGAAAAACUCCAAUGAGUAUGAUACAGAUAUAGGGCUAGAGUACGAGUCUUCAGAGACACGGAAACACUACAGGGAAUUUUAUAAUGACAUUGUACCUGAAUUAGAGAGUUUUGGGCGGAUAAAAACACUCAAGUGUUGUGUCAAUCGCGAUAUUCAUUUGAGGGGUAACGUGUACGUUGAAUAUUACACGGAGAGAGAGGCUGCGAGAGCUUGGAGGAAGUUGAGGAACCGGUGGUACGCUGGCAGGCAGAUAAAUUGUGAGUUUGCUAACAUUUAUUCUUGGAGGACUGCCGUCUGCGGGAUGUUCAAUUGCCCUAAGGGACGACUUUGCAAUUUUAUCCACGCGUUUAGAAACCCCAGGGAUCAGUACGAGAUAAAAAGUCCGCCUUGGUGGGUCACGAAGGCUGAGAGAGAGUCGACGAGCUCGAGGAGAGAUAGGAUUGACUUUGACGAGUCGGUGAGAAGCCACGGGGACAAUCACAGAAAUUGGAGGUGGUCGGAAUCUCCGGAAAUGGAAGUUGACAGCUCGAGGAAGGAGACGAGUGAGGAGAGACGCAGUGGUUCCAAGAGUGAAAGACGUUCUGAGUCAGUUCGCAGCUCGAGGUCUGACAGACAUUCAAAGUCCAGGCGAGAGUCAUCUAGAUCCAGCCACGAUUCGUCUAAAUCGAGUCGCGAAUCUAAGUCGAGGCGAGAGUCAUCUAAAUCCAGACGAAAAAGUAAAAGACACAGCGAUUCUGAUAGAGAUUACAAGUCUCGUGAUGAUAAAGAAAAUGGUGACUACAAAAAAAAUGAACGUCACAAGCGAUUGAGUAAAGAUGAAGUAGAUUCAAAAAAUUCGGAUUGUGAUAAAGUUGAUGACGCAGACAAGCCAGCAAAGGUCCAACGCUCUGAGUGGGAUACAACUGAUUCUGAAAAUAGUUCAUAGCUCGUACUUAUAAUUAACUUUAAAUUAUUUUAUUACAAUAAAGUGUACAUACAAAGCUGACUUUUAAGAUAAAAUUAAUUUUUUUAAUUAAAAAUUGUAAUAAAGGAGUGAAAUCUAAUUUUA